UGAGGAGGAACAAGACGAGAUCGAUACGAUGGGGAAGCAGAAUGGGAAAAGCCACACGAUCCCCGAUAUAAUCCGCGAAGAAGAGGAGGAGGAAUGCCGAAAAUAUGUCCGCGUCGGUUCCGCCGUCGAAGAUUCGAACAAGGACCUGGAGGCUGCCGAAGCCAAGGCCGCCCCCGUUCCGCCACCACGUCGGCAUCGUGCCCGUAGGGAUCAUGUCGAAUUGGAGAAUGGACGAGUGACGUUUGGCUUGGAUAACACGGCCAGUGAAGAUGCCAAGGAGGAUGAGACUUCAUCUGACUCCUCCCCGGACCGCCCGGCCGUCCCGACGGCCUCCCGGAGCACCGAGGAGACCGAGGUGCCCCAGUCUGGAGAGGAAAGCGACACGAACAGCACCUCAAAGUGGCUCGACAAAGUCCCCGGCGUCCCGAAGGCCAUUCGGAAUCGAUUCCGAAAAUCCAACUCUUCAUCGAAAGACCCGGAACCGGAGCGACCGCCAUGGGUGAAGCCGCCAGAGACCACCUUCCAAAAGAUCAAAUCCGCGCUGACCGGCAUCAAGCCAUCAAUACCGUCGAUCCCGAAAUUUGGCAGGAGUGCCAGCUCACAAAGCUCACCGAGAGAAUUGGACAUACUGAAGCCCGACUACACGAACACGUACGAUGUUCUGGACCCGAAGGCGGCGGCCAGGAGGGAGAAGCACGAUCGAAAGGCUUUGACAAAACGCGUGCGUGGCCGCAUCCGCGAACAGCUGAGGGAGGCGGCAAGGAAGGAGCGGAAGCGCCGAAUGAUCACCGACGCGAUCGAGCUGAUCCUCUCGCUGCUGCGAAUGAUCACGUCGUUUGCCGUGCUCGUCGGCAACAUCCGGAAAACCUUCCUCCCCGCCCAAAUCAAAUACCUACAGCCCGGCCAGCAUCACUACGAUUAUUACCUGCUCAACGCCAUCUUCAGGGUGACCACCUUCAUGGAUGUGACCAUGUUCUCGCUCAACUUUAUGUGGAUCUACUGCCUGCAGUGGCAUCUGUUCUGUCGGCUCGGCUUCUGCCGCUUCUGGUUCUGGUGCGGCGUCCUGGUUACGAUUGCCGUCACGACGAUGGUGUGGCCGAUGUCGGUGGCGAUGGCCGACAUGGACCUCUCGUGGUGUCAAUUCAAGAACGGAUCUUCGUUGGCCAAAUACCAGCCGAGCUGGCGGCGUCAU